AUGCCUCCCAAAGGGAAAUCUCAACGCAAAAAUAAAAAGGGCAAGGGAGGUCGCGGUGGAGCAUCCUCUUUAGCCGACCGUCAUCAUGCACCAAAGAAGAUGCAAGAGCCGUGUGAGAAAGGCGACACAACAGCAUCCGAGCCCAGUGGUGUAACCUCCCACCAAGACGAUCAUGAAGCACGUGUAGAGAGACAACACCUUGAAAUGCCUUCCGGAGCCGUUUCUGCAGCUGUUGCUUCCGCUAUAGCUGCAGGCUAUGUUACACCAUCCAUGCAAAAGGAUUCUUCGCCUACAGCACCAACAAUAACAAGUGACAGCCAACAACAACCCAAACCAUCUUCUUUAUCAACAUCAACGACGACGACUCAUACGAUACCACCAGGAGCUGUGAAUGCAGCUGUAAAAGCCGCUAUAGCAGCUCCUGCGGUUUGCCCUAUUUUGGAUCAGUAUUCAACUCCAAGUAAAGUACACGUUGCUACUAGUGUUGGUGAUGUUGCCACCACCACCACCACCAACACGGAUGAUCAAAAGAUAAAAAGUGCACCACAGCCAAAAAUAAGCACCACUCAUGAUAAACUACCACCCAUUCCACCCAAAUCAGUGGAUGCAGCAGUGGAUGCAGCUAUAGCUGCACCUGUGGCAACUCAAGUGGUGGAGACCUUAUCAUCUGCUCCUCCUUCUGAGAGUCACGAAAGCACACCACCACCACCUCUUCCAAAGGAACCACAGCAGCCACCAUCAUCGAGCACGGAAGUUCCCAAGGAUCAACGUCACGAUGUAUCAUCACCAUCACCUGCCACUCCCACAACAUUGAAAGAAGAAGAAACCGAUAUGACAGAACAAAGUAUUUCGGAAGCCAUGCAAAGUUCCAUGGUUCAACCGCCCCCACGUUCAGUGCAAGCACCCAUCCCAUCAAGUCAAAUACCAUCCAUGUCGCCAUCACCACCUCCAUUACCACCACCACCAAGCGAAUACUAUCGUCAACGUCGUCAAGAAACAGGUCGUGUUCAACAGCCGCAACAACGACAACAACAGCCAUCUUUAUGCCGGAUUUUGUGA